UUCAUGCUCUCGGCCUCCUUAUCCUGCCUCCCCCUUCUCCUCUCCAACUGCUAGAUCUAGAGUAGCCCCGUUAAAGCCCAAACAAAAACCCCGCUGCGAGAUCUGCGCAUCUCGCUACACCACCACCACGACGGCCAUGGCGGCGCCGCGCGUCCUCCUCCUCCUCGCCGUCGCCUCCCUCCUCGCCGUCGCCUCCCUCGGGGACGCUUCGGGCGAGGGCCCCCGCGGGCGCAAGCUGCUGGUGCUCGUCGACGAUCUGGCCGUCCGCUCAUCCCACUCGGCCUUCUUCGGCUCGCUCCAGGCCCGCGGGCUAGAUCUGGAGUUCCGCCUCGCCGACGACCCCAAGCUCUCGCUCCACCGCUACGGUCAGUACCUCUACGACGGCCUCGUGCUCUUCGCCCCAUCGACCCCGCGCUUCGGCGGAUCGGUGGACCAGAAUGCUGUUCUGGAGUUUAUCGAUGCCGGGCACGAUAUGAUUCUGGCAGCAGAUCAUUCGGCUUCAGAUCUGAUCCGCGGCAUCGCGACGGAGUGUGGGGUUGACUUUGAUGAGGACCCGGAAGCAAUGGUUAUUGACCACAUCAAUUAUGCCUCCAGUGAGGUUGAAGGUGACCACACCUUGAUUGCUGGCGAUGACCUGAUUCAGUCAGAUGUGAUAUUGGGGUCCAAAAAGAUUGAGGCUCCUGUGCUGUUUCGAGGGAUUGGGCAUGCGGCCAAUCCAUCCAACAGCUUGGUUUUAAAGGUUCUAUCUGCCUCGCCAUCAGCGUAUUCAGCAAACCCGGAGGCUAAGUUGGCAUCUGUUCCAUCUCUCACUGGGUCGGCCAUAUCGCUGGUUUCUGUUAUGCAGGCUAGGAAUAAUGCUCGUGUGUUGAUAUCUGGAUCACUGGAUUUGUUUAGCAACAGGUUCCUAAAGUCUGGUGUGCAGAAGGCUGGCAGCAAAAUGAGCCAUGACAAAGCUGGAAAUGAACAAUUUGUGACAGAGACGAGCAAAUGGGUCUUCCAUGAGAGGGGUCAUCUGAAGGCAGUGAAUGUCAAGCACCAUAAGGUUGGGGAGACAAAUGAGCCUAGCAUGUACCGCAUCAAUGAUGACUUGGAAUACUCAGUUGAGAUAUAUGAAUGGUCUGGUACAAGCUGGAAGCCAUAUGUUGCUGAUGAUGUUCAGAUUCAGUUUUUCAUGAUGAGCCCUUAUGUUCUGAAAAAUAUGUCAACUGACAAAACUGCUGUAUAUUCAGCAUCCUUCAAAGUUCCAGAUGUUUAUGGAGUUUUCCAGUUCAAGGUUGAGUACCAAAGGCUUGGAUACACUGGCCUCUCUCUUGCAAAGCAGAUUCCAGUGCGUCCAUACAGGCAUGACGAGUAUGAGAGGUUCAUAACUUCAGCGUUUCCGUACUAUGCUGCCUCAUUUUCAACAAUGGGAGCCUUCUUCAUAUUCUCGGUUGCGUACCUGUAUCACAAAUAGAUAGCUCAUCGAGUAGUGGAAGUAAAUCAAGGUGGCGAUGGAAUUGUGAUGUCACAAGCCUGGUGAUCUUAGGUGCAAUUUUAUGGAACCAUAUUUUUGUAGCGCCAAUCUGUAGUACCUUUAUUUUUAAGAAAUGGGCUUCUCCCUGCCCCCAACCUUUAUUAA